UGUUGACAUUUGUGGAUGAGUAAUUUUUUGUUUUUGUGUGUGUUUUUUAUUUGGAUUUGGUCAUCAUUUCAAUAUAAUAUAAGAAAAGUCGAAAUUCCUUCCAACUUCGCUAAAGAUUUUUGUGCACGUACUUUUUACUCGAUUAACAAAUUAAAAUCUUAUUAUGGAUUGGUUGUUUGGCAAAAAAAUCUCACCGGAUGAGAUGCUGCGCAAGAACCAACGCGCCCUGAAUAGGGCUAUGCGUGAUCUGGACAGAGAACGCAUGAAAAUGGAGCAGCAGGAGAAAAAGAUCAUUGCGGACAUAAAACGUAUGGCGAAGGAAGGUCAAAUGGAUGCAGUGAAAAUUAUGGCCAAAGAUUUGGUACGCACACGACGCUAUGUGAAGAAAUUCAUGCUGAUGAAGGCAAAUAUACAAGCAGUCUCACUGAAAAUACAAACCCUAAAAUCACAGAAUACCAUGGCACAAGCGAUGCGCGGCGUUACUAAGGCAAUGCAAAAUAUGAACCGCCAAUUGAAUCUCCCACAAAUUCAAAAGAUAUUACAUGAAUUUGAAAAGCAAUCUGAAAUCAUGGAUAUGAAAGAAGAAAUGAUUAAUGAAGCCAUUGACGAUGCGAUGGAGGAUGAGGGUGACGAAGAGGAGACUGAUGCAGUAGUUUCGCAAGUGUUAGAUGAAUUAGGCUUGCAGUUAGGUGAACAAUUAGGAGAUUUGCCCACUGCCUCAGGAUCAUUAUCUAUUGCUGGUGGCGCUAAAACUACACCGGCUGCGGUAGCUGCUGGUGGUAUAGGUUCGGGUGCAGGUGGUGGCGGCAAUGGUGGUAAUGGCGGUAGCACAGCAGCGGCUGGUGGAAGUGGUGCAUCUUCUCCAGUGUCCGAUGCUGAUGCCGACUUGCAAGCGCGCUUGGACAAACUGCGCAGAGAUUAGGAAUUAUUUGCAAACGAUUGAACAGGCAUUCAGGCUUCGCAACACACUUUAAAUAUUAGUAUUUUACUUUAUUGCUAUAUGACCUUAAGUUUUAUAUCAAUUAGCUGAAAUAAGGUGGUAAUUUUUAUAUGAAUUAAUUUCAUUUCAAUCACGUUAUUAAAAAAGCGAAGUGCAAAUAAAAAUUUUCUCAUGUACAUAAUAAAAAGUAUGUAAGCCUUUUGGCGGAACAAUUCAAAACACACGUUGAAGAAUUGAAAGUUCCGUCUGUGGUCUAAAUUGUUAUAAAAACUAA